AUGGACAAGCGCAUUGCCGAGCUCGAAACGAAGAUAGACAACAAGACCGCCGAGCUAGCCACCACCGAAAACCGCAUCACCACGCUAGAAGCAACCCUUAACGACUACGUCACCAAACUCACUGGUCGAUCGGACAGGAUGCAGGCUUAUCAAACAGCGAGUAACAAAAACGCUAUCGCACGCCUGCAAAAUACCCGGUCAGUCACUGCGACGGACCGCCAACUGGUGCCGCUGUAUUCACUGCGAACGGGCAAGGUUAUUCCCAACUUCCCUGCUACUCUUGAGGAUAUUGAUCGCCUCCGAGUUCCCGAAGCCGACGCCAUCCUCACUGAGCUCGGCGACACGAUACCGGUGCUUGUUGAGGAGAAGCGAUGGAGGAUUCGCUCCUUUGCGGUGUCCUUAUUCAUCAUGUAA